AUGUCUUCUCGUGCCCUCCGUAAACUCCAACGCGAGCAAGAGCUGCAGCGCCAAGUUGAUGAGGCGAAGCGUGCCUAUGAAGCACAGGAAGAUUCCGAAGAUGAAGGUGAGGAUGAGGAUGACUUAGAUACCACCACCAAAUCACAACCCCAAACCACACGACCCAGAAAUGCUUUUGACAUGCUGGAAGCGGCUGGAGACGACGACGACUCGGGGGGAGAUGACUACGAGAAGAUACCGCAUCCCUCAGACGCACAAACCUCUUCUGCACCCGUCCCUUCUUCCUCGUCCAAGGCAAAGAAGAAGAAAAAGGCAAAGGCAAAAAAGAAAGCAAAAGCCGUUGACAGAGUAAAGACCGACGAAUCUGGAGAUGAAGUUGAUCGAGCCCUCAGGGAAUUGAAUGCCAAAGAUAAAGCCUCUGGGGAGCAAGCAACCGCAGAUCCAAUUCCCGGAUGGACAUGGGAACUUGAAGCCACGAAACUCUUGAAUAUUGAAGAGAGAAAUCUCAACCCAAUAAAUGAAAUGAAGAGUCUGUUCGGUAGCAUUGCACUUGAAGGUGAAGGCUCCCGUUCUUCUCCACGCAAUGUGCGUCGUCGAGAGCAGAAUCAACAAGGUGGUGUUGAUCUAGCUACUGCUCUGACCGGAAGAUACUCGGUAGCUAGCAAGGGUAAAGAACUUGGUGCCUUGGCUUCGAGAAGAAACAUCUUCAUUCAAGGUAAGGAAGAGUGGCCAUUGUCUACCAGUGGUGGUCUAAGUAUGGAACUACUGCCCAAGCCCCAAUCAUUCACAAAGCAGUACAACAUUGUGCACAACAAUGUCUAUCGAGAAACUCAAAUGCAUUUCCGCAUGGCUGUUGAAUCCAUGGACCCCCAAAGAAUGAUUGGUUUACUUUCCAUGUAUCCAUAUCAUAUUGCCACACUUCUACAAGUUUCAGAAAUCGCAAAGCAUCAGGGUGAUCAUUCCGUCUCGGGAGAUCUACUUGAGCGAGCACUUUACUCCAUUGGCAAAUCCGUCCACAGUUCCUUCCCAUCUUCCUUGAGAAGUGGCAUUGCUCGAAUUCCAUUCAACAAGCCAGCUAACAGAGAACUCUAUCUUGCGAUAUGGAGGUAUAUCUCCAACCUAGAGAUGAGAGGAACAUGGCGGACUGCUUUUGAAUGGUCCAAAAUCUUGCUGCAGCUUGACACUCUAGUCGACCCUUAUGGUGUUACCCUGAUGAUUGAUCAGCUGGCACUCAGAGGCCGACAACAUGCACAACUGUUAGCUCUCUGUUCAGACGAUGCAUAUGGUGGUGCUUGGAGCCACCUACCCAACAUCCAGAUUUCUCUCGCACUAGCUCAUCUACGAGCCGGAAAACCGCGCGACUCACGGAAACAACUCGCUCUUGCGACACAUAGAUAUCCUUACAUCCUCUCCGCCCUGGCCUCAGCACUCGACAUUUCGCCCUUACCAAAAUCAUUAUGGGCCAAACUUCCCUCGACCGAUGCCGAGAAACUCUACACUCAGCUCUACGUCACUCGUGCAAAGGAUCUUUGGAAUACUCCAGAGACAAUAAGUCUAUUAGUUGAAGUCGCAGAAACCCUCAACCAUUAUCCUCAAGACUCACGGUCCUCUACGAAGCUCGAAAUAUCUCUAGAAGAAGCUCGACACAUCAUGCUUCUCGAGAUUCCACAUCUGAUCGCCCUUCUUCCCCGCCGUUUCACCAACCUGCCCACUUCAUCGAGCGACGUACUCCCUCCUCCAAACUCUGAAUCAGAUUUUGUUCAACGGGCUCCGGGAGCCACAGGUGGUGAUGGAACAAUGCAGACCAUAUUCAACGCCGCGGGUGCAACUGCUGGGGCAACUGGCUCUCUCGUACAAAGGAUCAUGACAUGGUUUCAGCAACCCGCUGGUCCUAAUGAUGUCGAGGGUGAAUCAGAGGGUCAAGUAGCCUUACGCAAUCUACAAGAGCAGCUGGGUGGAGAUAUACCCCCUCAGAUGAUGGAGCAACUGCUGCAGAUCCACAUCAAUGAUGCAGCAGAAGUUGAUCCCGCUGGACUUGGUAUGGCUGGAGGCUGGGACUACUACGAGGAAGCGGCGGCGGAACAGGAAGAUGAAGACGAUGAUAGUAUGCCUGAACUUGAAGACAUGCCCAUUACUGGCCCUGUGACACCACGUCAUCCACACGCUGCAAUGGUGGAGGAAGAUGACGAAGAAGAGAGCCACCAAGCCACAAACAACCAACAAUCUUCACUGGGCACAAAUCGCUCCAUCCUUCGACACGUCGACAGCGACGACUCGGAUGCCGACGAAUCAAUCCCAGCAUUCCCCCGGCGACCCAUUCCUCCUGUCGCACCAAUAGCACCUCUCGCGACCACACGAAUACCCGACCCACCAGCUGACACCGACUUCUCUGACCCACAACGUCUACAGCGCUGGCUAUUGACCACCGGGCUCACUGAAGUUCAGUCACAAAAGACCUCUUUGGCCACAUAUGUCGCAAGACUGAAAACACUGCGCAAAUCCCAGCAGACCUGGGUCGUCAGCAUGGUGCGUCAACGAGCAGGCCCUGACCUUGAAACUCAGCUAAAUCGAGCUCUGCAAGACAAUUAG